AUGUCGGACGGCGCGGGCUCCCGGACGGGGGUCGCUGGCGCGCUGGGCCUCUCGAUCACCUCGUCGGUGGCCAUCGUCAUCUGCAACAAGUACCUCAUCAGCACUCUCGGCUUCUUCUUCGCGACGACGCUGACGAGCUGGCACCUCAUGGUGACCUUCUUCACGCUGUACGUUGCCCAGCGGCUGCACUUCUUUGAGCCAAAGCCAAUUGACGCGCGAACCGUCAUCUCCUUCGGCCUGCUCAAUGGCAUCUCCAUUGGCCUCCUCAAUCUCUGCCUCGGAUUCAACUCUGUUGGCUUCUACCAGAUGACCAAGCUGGCCAUCAUACCCUUCACCAUAGUCUUGGAAACCAUCUUUCUGAACAAGAAGUUCAGUCAGACCAUCAAGGCCUCCCUCAUGGUCCUGCUCCUGGGAGUCGGCAUCGCAUCGGUCACGGAUCUCCAGCUCAAUCUCCUCGGCUCCAUCAUCGCCGUGCUCACCAUCGCUGCGACAUGCGUCGGGCAGAUUCUGACCAACCAAAUCCAGAGGAGGCUGAAGGUUUCCUCGACGCAGCUGCUGUACCAGUCGUCGCCGUACCAGUCUGCGGUGCUGCUCGUCACUGGGCCGUUCGUGGACAAGCUCCUCACCAAGCGUGACGUGUUCGCGUUCAGCUACACCACCCAAGUCGUAGCGUUCAUCCUGCUGUCGUGCUCGAUCGCGGUGUGCGUCAACUUCAGCACUUUCCUGGUGAUCGGCACGACGUCGCCCGUGACGUACCAGGUGCUGGGCCACGUCAAGACGUGCCUGGUGCUCUCCUUCGGCUACAUCAUCCUCAAGGACCCCUUCAGCGCCCGCAACGUGGUGGGCAUCCUCAUCGCCAUCUUCGGCAUGGGCCUCUACUCCUACUACUCCGUCGUCGAAAGCAGGAAGAAGACCGAGGUCGCCAGCUCGCUGCCGGUCGCCGCACAGAUGAGCGAGAAGGACUCGGCGCCACUCCUCGGCGCCAAGAGCUCGCCACGGACAGACAACAAGGGCGAGGAGACCUUCGACUACAUGCCGAGGACGGCGAAGAGCGCGUUCACCGGCCGGUGA